GUCUGAGAGGGAGUCCAGGCGUGGCGGGAAGGGUUGAGCUUGUGGUCAACCGGCUGUCACCGCCUAGGGGUCUUUGGGAUCCGAGGAGAGCCAAGCCUAGGGUCAGGGAGACUGCUCCAGAGGGGCGCGUGUCCCUCGAGUGGGUCUAGUGCGGGGAGUCCGCGGGGGCUGAGGAAGUCUGGGUCUGCUGGAGCCUCCGGAAAAGGGCAGGAAGGUGACCACAGAUCCGUGCCCAAUGCCGGGAUGAGAGGACUGUUGGGAUAAUCGCAACAGAGUGUCCUGUGAGAAAGAGCUAGAGGAAUUGAGAGCCGAAGCCUCCUCGUGUCUCGGACUACAGCCACUACUGUUCCUACAACACUGGUGGACUAACUUCCUCAGUGCCUAGAAUCUGAGAAAAAUGGCAAGUGUGGACAGUGAUUCUAGGCAUCUUAUCCCUGAAGUAGACCUUGAAGUAAAUCCUGGACCCAUGAAUAUCCAGUUUGAUUCAUCGGAUCUAAGAUCUAAAAGGCCUUUCUAUAUAGAGCCUACAAACAUCGUCAAUGUGAAUGGUGUCAUUCAGAGGGUUAGUGACCAUGCCUCUGCUCUGAACAAGCGGAUUCAUUACUACAGCCGGCUCACCACUCCUGCAGACAAGGCGCUGAUUGCUCCAGACCACGUAGUCCCAGCCCCAGAGGAAUGCUAUGUGUACAGUCCACUGGGCUCUGCCUAUAAACUCCAGAGUUACACUGAAGGCUAUGGUAAAAACACCAGCUUAGUAACUAUUUUUAUGAUUUGGAAUACCAUGAUGGGAACAUCUAUACUAAGUAUUCCUUGGGGCAUAAAACAGGCUGGAUUCACUACUGGAAUGUGUGUCAUCGUGCUGAUGGGCCUUUUGACACUGUAUUGCUGCUAUAGAGUGGUGAAAUCACGGAGUAUGAUAUGUACAUCGGACACAACUACCUGGGAAUAUCCAGAUGUCUGCAAACAUUAUUUUGGCUCCUUUGGGCAAUGGUCGAGUCUCCUUUUCUCCUUGGUGUCUCUUAUUGGAGCAAUGAUAGUUUAUUGGGUGCUUAUGUCUAAUUUUCUUUUCAAUACUGGAAAGUUUAUUUUUAAUGUUAUUCAUCACAUUAAUGACACAGACACUAUACUGAGAACCAAUAAUAGCAACCCUGUGAUUUGUCCAAGUGCUGGGAGUGGUGGCCAUCCUGACAACAGCUCUGUGAUUUUCUACAAUGACACACAAGUCCAGCAGUUUGAAAAGUGGUGGAAUAAGUCCAAGACAGUGCCCUUCUACCUUAUAGGGCUCCUCUUGCCACUGCUCAACUUCAAAUCUCCUUCGUUUUUUUCCAAGUUUAAUAUCCUAGGUACAGUAUCCGUCCUCUAUUUGAUUUUCCUUGUUACCUGGAAGGCUUUUCGCUUAGGAUUCCAUCUGGAAUUUCACUGGUUUGUGCAAACAGAAUUUUUUGUCCCAGAGAUAAGAUUUGAGUUUCCACAGCUGACUGGAGUGCUUACUCUUGCUUUCUUUAUUCACAAUUGUAUUAUCACACUCUUAAAAAACAACAAGAACCAAGAAAAUAAUGUGAGAGACCUAUGCAUUGCUUAUAUGCUGGUGACGCUAACUUAUCUCUAUAUUGGUUUCCUGGUUUUUGCCUCAUUUCCUUCACCUCCACUAUCCAAAGAUUGUAUUGAACAGAACUUCUUAGACAACUUCCCUAGCAGUGACACCCUGUCCUUCAUUGCAAGGAUAUUCCUGCUGUUCCAGAUGAUGACUGUCUACCCACUCCUAGGCUACUUGGCUCGUGUUCAGCUCUUGGGCCAUAUCUUCGGUGACAUUUAUCCUAGCAUUUUCCAUGUGCUGAUUCUUAAUGUAAUUAUUGUGGGAGCUGGAGUGACCAUGGCCUGUUUCUACCCAAACAUAGGAGGGAUCAUAAGGUACUCGGGAGCAGCAUGCGGCCUGGCUUUCGUGUUCAUAUAUCCUUCUCUCAUCUACAUAAUUUCCCUACACCAAGAAGAGCGUCUGACAUGGCCUAAAUUAGUUUUUCACGUUUUCAUCAUCAUCUUGGGCCUGGCAAACCUGAUUGCUCAGUUUUUCAUGUGAAAACUGUGUUCUCAAGAUUUCUCAUGGUAUUCUGAACCUUGGCAACGGUUCUGCAUAAAAGAACUUGAAAAUGCUGUCAUUGCUGUAAUUCUAAGUGUUUUUCUAAGAUAAUUGAAACCAAGGGAAUGAUGGUCUGCUGAUAACUAUUUUUGUACUGGAACAGGGAGGGAGUGAUGCAGAUGGUCUGAGCCCUUUGCCUUUGUCAGUGCCCCCAUUCCCAUGUAGCCAAGUAGAAACUUCGAAGGAUUCAUACUGAUUUUUCUGUUAAUAAGCAUAAGGUAGGUAGGUAUGUUUUGCCUACAGCAAGGAAUCUCAGGGGUCUUGGGUCAAGGCGGCAUGUUGCCAGACCCUGUUUCUGUUUCCAUGUACUCUCGCCCACUUUCUUACUUACUGGAACGUUUCUACAGUUUACCCAAACCUCUGCUGUUUCAAACAGUAAAACAAAUACCUCAUUUUAAAAACAGUUUUCCUGGUAUCAUUAUUAAUUGAGUGAAUUCCUAACCAAAUACUUAAUCUGAAGAACAAAAAAAAAUGUAAAUAGUAUCAGUGCAUCAGAAAAUGCAUGUAAUUUAAGGCCAAUGGCAUAGUUGGCAUGAGUCAGUGCGCACUUAGAUGGUGGGGGUUAGAGGAUCCAGAGUUUAGGUCAUCCUCAGUUUCAUAGCCAUGAAGCCCAGCAUGACUAUAUAAAGCCUUGUGUCAAGACACCAGAAGAAAACACAUGAUAGAUAAACAUGUACAGAGUGUGUUACUGUCUCUUAAUUCUAAUCCAGUUCCAGUGACCUAGAUUGAGGUUACAGUUCCCAAACUGGAUUUUACACAUGAACAAAUGCAAUUGUCCUCAUAGACCCGGGGACUCUUACUUUUCGUGUUCUGGAGAAUUGCAUGGACCGUCGUGAGCCCAGAGCAGCAGCAUAUGAGGCUCUUCAGAAGAAAAAGGAAAUAGCUAGGAAGGGUGGGACUCUGCGCAGUGUAUCCUGUGUCAUUCUGGUUCAGGUGUGAGCUUCAGGAGCGGACACCAUCUACCUGCUCCUAUAAUGGAAGAGGAAGAGUUGUCCUCCACAAGAAAAGCUUGUGUCUGACAAGCCGAUCAAGAAACCCAGCUUCUUAGAGUUAACAUCUAUUUCCCUUCUGAACUAAAGUGGAACCGGAAUCCAGAUGUCUCUCUUCCUAUAACACGGUCUGUGUUCCAGCCACAACUACUAACAUUUAGAGCUCUCUAAUUUGGGGCUAAAUUGUGUAAAUGCAUCAUGAUUCCAUUUUUUAGGAUAGUGUGCAGAUUUAUGUCAUGUCCUUCGUUUGAAAAAAACAGGUGAAAGGGUUUUUAUAAAUCUAGAAGGAGCUCCAGAUUUCAGACCAGAUUUGAUUUCUUUCUGCAUAGCUUAAUGUCCUGUUGGAGUUCCAGGUCUAUGUUUAUAAGAAGCUAAAAUAUCGUCAUGAGAACUGUCAAGCAUGCACACAGAUAGAAUGAUAUGGAAAACCCACACACACCUAUCCCUGGGUCCAGCAAUUAUGGACUUGGCUGAAUUUUUGCUUCACCUGCUCCCUCCCACUUUUUCCUUUUUUACUGACAUUUAAAAACCAAUCUCAGACAUUAUGUCAUUUCAUUUCUACAAACCUUAAUAUCCAGCUAAUAGCCCAAGCUUUAAGCCUAGUCAAUUUAUCAUGGAGGUAGUCUCAAAAGCUCUGGCUAGCAGAAAGUGCUAUAGAACUCAUGUUGCAGGGGGAAGUGCCUUUAUGCUUGAGAAACUCUGGAACUUAUGACUGCAGAGUCAAGUUCUGCUGAGAGGUGUUUGAGUCCAAGCUGGGUGCUUUCAGAGAUGUUCCCAAUGUAAUCUGUAUAAUCGUGGUCAUUUCUUUUGUCUUUGAGAACUUUAAAAACCAUUCUCAUAGCUUUUUCCCAAAGGCAUCCCUGAAUGCUCAAGCACAUCAACAGUGUGUUAUGCUUGAACAAUCAAGGAUGAUUGAUGUGGUUUUUAUCCAUUUCAUAGAUAAAAGGAAUAUGGCAGGGGAUGCUACUCUGAACAAAAAAAAAGGAUCUGGAUUUAUGCUUUUGUUUUCUUAAAUAGAUUGAUCAUUUAGACCUCCUAAUGCCCUGUUAGACAAGCCAAAUGGCUCCAUCUCCUUAGUCUCUUCACAAGACUCCUUUGGCCUGUCACUUGGCUUAAUCAGACUACAUGAAUACAAGUGUCCUGGCUCAUGGUGAGAAUGACAUGAUAUGAACUCACACACAGUGAAUCUGACUUUCUUUCUCUGCUCUUAUCUCUGAACUUUGAAGUUAACCUUCUUCCACUUUUUGCUCAGAUGUGGUUAGCCUUUGGAUUUAGCUUCUUUAACACACAACUGAGGACACUAAAAUUUAAAAGGAGUUUUUUAGAGAGGUCCUCCUUAGAAAUCCUGUGGAUGUGUUUGGGCUCUGCUAAUAGUAAACCAGAAAGGGAAAAAAUGGAGCUAAGUUUUAUACCUGUGGGUGAUCAUGCAAAGUCGUUGCCAUCAGCACACUCAAAAAAAAUGUGUUUGGAAUAAGGAAUAAAUGUCCCCAUCGGAAGAGACUGUCUUAAGGGAGCUACUCCAUUUACAUUUAAUGUGUUUUAGAAAUGUGCGGCUACUGACUGCAUGCAGCCAUGGGCUUGUUUUCUGCUUCUACUUGAAACUUACCAAUGAAAUGUUUGUGUGUUUUUAAUUAUCAUUCCCAUAAUUAUUCUGUUUAAAUAAUUGAAUAGUCAGCAAUGUUCAUUACUUUGGAGGAGCUAAAGACAUGUAGGCAGCAUGUACAUCUAGUGAAGAAACAGUCAGUGCACUUGCUCAUCAGCACACGAGGCAGUCAAUGCUUGGACUGUUGGAGCAGCGUGGUAUUCUGGGGAAGGAUGGCAGAAGAGGGACUGUCCAGAGGCAAAGGACCCAUUUUCAGUUUUCCUACUCCCCAAAAUUACGUCCACUGUGCUCAUCAGCAAAUAGAAUGAUAUGUUAUAUGCAUUUGCUUUUAUUGGGCAGAUUUCCUCUAAAUCAUAAUUGUGACACUUAA